AUGAAUACAGAUGUUGUCGUAUUGGCUGCCGGCAAAGGUACGCGCAUGCGUUCACAGCGCGCCAAAGUCCUGCAUCAGCUGGCGGGUAAAAGCCUGCUGCAACAUGUGCUGGACACCGCACAGAGUGUAAAUCCGCGAGAAAUAGCUGUUGUUAUUGGCCACCAGGCUGAGCAGGUGCAGGCGUCAAUCGCCCCGGGGCCGAAGUGGGUCCUGCAGGAUGAGCAGCGCGGUACCGGCCAUGCUGUGCAACUGGGUUUGUCGGCUUUAGCCGGUGAAGGUGUGGUGCUGGUGUUGUAUGGGGAUGUGCCCCUGGUGACGGAAGACACACUAAUUAGAACGGUAGAGGCUGCUAAAACAGGCUCUGUAGCACUAGUGACCGCUCACUUCGAUGAUGCCGCGCAGCUCGGAAGAAUCGUCCGGGACGACGACGGCAAAAUCCGCUGUAUUGUUGAAUAUAAAGAUGCCAGCGACGCUGAACGGGACAUAAAGGAAAUUAACUCGGGCAUUCUGGCCGCUCCUGCAACUUUACUUGCUCCAUGGCUGGCGAGCCUGCAGCCCGAUAACGCUCAAGGGGAGCUGUAUCUCACCGAUGUGAUUGCCAUGGCCGUUGCAGACGGCAUUACCGUCACAGGUAUAGAAGCACACGCACCCAUCGAAGUGGCGGGCAUCAAUGAUCGCGCCCAGCUGGCUGCGCUGGAAAGAGUCUAUCAGCACAAUCAGGCAGAUCAGCUCAUGGCACAGGGUGUCAGCCUGGCUGAUCCGAGUCGUUUCGACCUGCGUGGCAAACUCACAGCCGGCGAAGAUUGCUUUAUUGAUGUCAACGUCGUGUUUGAGGGAGAGGUUGUGCUGGGUCGCGGCGUGCGCAUCGGUCCAGGCGCCGUUAUUUCCAAUAGCGUGCUGGGAGAUAACGUCGAAGUUCAUGCGCAUACCGUGGUUGAAGGCGCAAUUGUUGCGGCGGACUGUUCUAUGGGCCCGUUUGCCCGUAUCCGCCCUGGUACCCGGCUCGACAGCGGGGUGAAGAUAGGUAACUUUGUUGAAGUCAAAAAAUCUCACCUCGGCGCGGGUACCAAAGCUGGCCAUCUGGCGUAUCUUGGAGACGCCACCAUCGGUGCUGAGUGUAAUAUCGGUGCCGGCACAGUGACCUGUAAUUACGAUGGUAUAAACAAACAUCCAACUCAUAUUGGUGACGAUGUCUUUGUGGGUACUAACUCGACUCUGGUCGCUCCGAUACAGAUCGAAUCCGGUGCCUUUAUUGCCGCAGGUUCAUCAAUCACCACAAAAGUGGCCAGUGAUAGAAAUGUGCCGCCAAUAUUAUUGGAAGGCCUGAAACGGCUCGAGUAUCGCGGCUAUGAUUCCGCCGGCCUUGCCGUCAUCGAGAAAAACGGCAACCUCUCUCGGCGUCGUAAGGUUGGCAAAGUUCAGGAGCUGGUUAACGAACUCAAGCGUUCGCCGGUCCGCGGUCAGAUUGGUAUUGCGCAUACCCGCUGGGCAACACAUGGUGUGCCUGCCGAAAAUAAUGCGCACCCUCAUGCUUCCAGCGAUCGCGUAUGUAUCGUGCACAACGGCAUCAUUGAAAACUAUGAAGCUUUGCGUGAUGAGUUGCUGGCUGAGGGUUAUGAAUUCGAAUCUGAAACUGAUUCUGAAACCGUAGCUCACCUGGUGGACAGGUACCUGAAAAAAGGCCUUGAUCUGCUUGAUGCCGUGCGCGCGACAACCAAACAGCUGGAAGGUGCUUAUGCGAUUGGUGUCGUAGCUAAAGACGCUCCGGACCGCAUUAUCGCCGCUCGCGCUGGCAGUCCUCUGGUUGUGGGUAAAGGCAUUGGUGAAAACUAUAUUGCCUCCGAUGUGUUAGCCCUGAAGCCGGUUACUGACCGAUUCAUUUUUCUGGAAGAAGGCGACCUGGUAGAAAUACGCAAAGAAAGUAUUUCUAUCUGGAACAUGGACAACGAGUCCGUUGUGCGAUCGGAUGUACAUGUUGAGAUGGCACAUGAUGAUGUGGACAAAGGCACCUAUCGCCACCACAUGCAGAAGGAGAUAUUUGAACAACCCCGCGUGAUUCAUGACACCCUGGAAGGUCGGUUGGGUCGUACGCAGGUAUUGGAGGGUGCGUUUGGCGUAGCGGCAAAAAAUAUUUUUGAUCAGGUGCAGGGGGUCAUGCUGGUCGCAUGUGGUACCAGCUACUACGCUGCAUCGGUCGCGCGUUACUGGAUCGAAGAGCUGGUUGGCAUUCCUUGCCAGGUAGAGAUAGCUUCCGAAUUCAGAUACCGCAAAGUAUCGGUACCCACCGAUACCUUGUUUGUAACGCUGUCGCAGUCCGGUGAAACUGCAGACACACUGGCUGCACUUCGAAUCGCAAAAGAACUCGGCUUCUAUGCAACUUUAACCAUCUGUAACGUACCAACAAGUUCCAUGGUUCGCGAAAGUGAUCUGGCAUUGAUGAUUCAGGCCGGCACAGAAGUCGGUGUGGCUUCAACCAAGGCGUUUACUGCACAGCUCACAGAUCUGAUGUUGCUGACGUUGAUGCUGGGUCGUCGACACGGAUUAACGCCUGAGCUGGAAAAAGAACUGGUACAGGGGUUGCACCAUCUGGGGGGUGUGAUCGAAGAGGUGUUGUCUCUGGAUAGUGUCAUCCACAACCUGGCGGAACGCUUCAUGGACAAACAUCACGCCCUGUUCCUGGGGCGCGGCACAAUGUUUCCGGUAGCAAUGGAAGGUGCUCUGAAACUCAAAGAAAUUUCCUAUAUUCAUGCGGAAGGUUAUCCUGCCGGCGAGCUCAAACAUGGACCCCUGGCGCUGGUAGAUGAUGACAUGCCCGUGAUUGCCGUCGCUCCAAACAACGAUCUGUUGGAAAAAUUGCAGUCAAACCUGCAGGAAGUGCGGGCUCGCGGUGGAAAGCUUUUUGUGUUUGCUGAUCGGAACAGCUCUUUCCGUGAAGAACCUGGUGUUACGGUGAUUCCUUUGCCACAUGUUCACCCGAUUCUUGCGCCCAUCGUUUAUGUUGUGCCACUGCAACUGUUGUCCUACCACGUUGCGGUUCUGAAGGGUACGGAUGUAGAUCAACCUCGUAAUCUGGCCAAAUCGGUCACUGUAGAGUGA